CUGGUUGGAAUGAGGGGCAGCAGCUCGUGAGCUCUCUCUCCCCCCCCCCCCCCGCGCCUCAAAACACAGCUGUCGGCAGCUAGAGACGGCACGCGUCUGCCAGGGUCGUGUUACCCGGGUAACCCCACUGGAGCGAUGCUCGCGUCGUUGCUGUGAAAACCCGCACUGACCUCACAGCAGCAGAAACACAGGAACGAGAGAGAGCGUGAAGGAAAAAUGGAUCUGUUCACAUUUCACAGUGUGAACGAACUGUCCCUCGGGAUGUCCAAGCUGUCAAUGUUCCCCCUCUUCGACACGGCACAUUACAUCGUGUCGGUAAUGGCUCUGAAGGAGCAGCCAGGGGCGGUGGAGGUGGCGCGGCGCAGCCCUGUGGCCUGCUGGUUCAGCUCCAUGCUCUACUGUUUUGGAGGGGCGAUCCUCUCAGGCAUGCUGCUUGCCGAGGCACCAGUGGCUCCACUUUCCAACAACACCAACAUGCUACUGGCCACCCUGGCCUGGUACUUGGUAUUCUACUGCCCCCAUGACCUGUUCUAUCGCUGUGCCGCCAUCCUGCCGGUGCGUUUGGUAUUGUCUGCCAUGAAGGAGGUCACGCGCACCUGGAAGGUUUUGGGAGGGGUUGUACAAGCACAGAAGAAGUACCAGAAUGGGCUGCUUGUGAUGGUUGCCACUGGCUGGGCCAAAGGAGCUGGAGGGGGUCUGAUCAGUAACUUUGAGCAGCUGGUUCGCGGAGUGUGGAAACCUGAGACCAAUGAGCUUCUGAAGAUGUCAUAUCCCACUAAGGUAACCUUGAUAGGAGCAGUUCUCUUCGCGCUGCAGCAGAACCGCUACCUGCCUCUGGAGCAGCACCAGCUGAUGUCGCUCUACACGGGUUUCCUUGUCAUCACAAAGGUGCGGAUGCUGUUGACCGGUGCCUCUUAUCCGUUUGUAUUCCUGGAGACAGCGCUGUACCGUGUUCUCUUCGCGGCACAAUUGACAGAUACGACCUCUACAGACAAGAGCAAGGAGCCCAACGGACUGCCCUCGGGAACACGUGCUGCUGACGGGAAGACCGUCAAAGCUGCCCCUGAGAGCUGUAGUCGCUCCACGCUCUCUGACACCAGAGAAAAUGUGUCCUCUGUUCCAGAAAUGAGAGCAGAAGGCACACGAAAGUCACCUACAGGGGAGAGGGACCUGACAGGAGCAGGCAGCAAGAAGACUGAUUAAUGAAAGCAUUUUUCACCUCAUUCCAUGUCCUUCUAAAUCAUUCUCUUCAGUGCAAGCCUGACUGUAGCGUGAUUUCUUAUAUACCAAGAUUAUAUUUUGAUAUAUUUGUAUAAGCUGAGGUUGAUGUUCAUUUUGUAAUUUUCAGCCCUUAAGUUUUGAUUAUGAUGCUCUAGAAGCAUGAACAUUUCUGAAAGUCCUUUGAUAGAUUUUUAUGUUUAUUCUUAGAUAUUGCU